AAUGUAAAGAAAGUUUCUCUUUUUUUUUCUUUGAGUUGCUGGUUUAUGGGAGAAUCGUGUCAGAUUAAUUUCCUUUUUUAAUUUCUUGAGUAGUUAAAGUAAUAAUACUCUCGAGAGAGUGAAAAGAUCUUUCUCCAUUAUAUAUGCAGCUCUUUCUCCAUCUUCUCCUCUACGAAAGUUACUGAAACCACUUUCAUUUUUUUUCUGUAGUGUUGAGAGUCAAUACCCCAAAAGGGAAUAGUAAUGGAUGUUAGCAUGAGUUUUUCACAAGAUAUGGAUGAUGAGUAUGAGAAGCUCAUUAGAAGAAUGAACCCACCCAGGGUUGUUAUUGAUAAUGACUCUUGCAAGGAGGCAACUGUGAUAAGGGUGGAUAGUGCAAAUGAAUAUGGGAUUCUACUUGAAGUUGUGCAAAUCCUCACUGAUCUUGACCUCACUAUCACCAAAGCUUACAUAUCCUCUGAUGGUGGUUGGUUCAUGGAUGUAUUUAAUGUCACUCACCAAGAUGGGAACAAAGUCACUGAUGAAGUUGUUCUUGACUACAUCCAAAAAUCUCUUGGCCCUGAAGCUUGCUUCUCCACUUCCUUGAGAUCUGUUGGUGUCAUACCAUCAACAGACAGCACGGUUAUCGAGUUAACCGGUUGUGACAGACCAGGUCUGCUGUCUGAACUGACAGCAGUCCUGACCCACCUCAAAUGCAGUGUCCUAAACGCCGAGGUCUGGACACACAACACAAGAGCAGCUGCUGUGAUGGAGGUGACAGAUGACUUAACCGGUUCCGCCGUUUCUGAUCCAGAGAGGCUCUCACGGAUCAAGAGCCUUCUCAGGAAUGUGCUCAAGGGAAGCAACACACCAAAGGAAGCCAAAACGGUUGUUUCUCAAGGGGAGGUCCACACUGAUAGGAGGCUUCAUCAGAUGAUGUUUGAAGAUAGAGACUAUGAGAACGGUGUGAUGGUGGACGACGAUUCCUCCAACGUUCAAGAUGAAAGGCAAAGACCAGAUGUUUGUGUUGAUAAUUGGCUUGAUAAGGACUACUCUGUGGUCACGGUUAGAUGUAAAGACAGACCAAAGCUUCUGUUCGACACUGUCUGCACUUUGACUGAUAUGCAGUAUGUGGUUUUCCAUGGAAGCGUUGAUACUGAAGGCACGGAGGCAUUUCAGGAGUAUUAUGUGAGACACAUAGAUGGGUCUCCUGUAAAAUCAGAGGCGGAGAAGCAAAGAGUCAUACAAUGUCUUGAAGCAGCUAUCAAAAGAAGAGUGUCUGAGGGAUUGAAGUUGGAGCUGUGCACUACAGAUCGAGUAGGCUUGUUAUCAAAUGUGACUAGGAUUUUCCGCGAAAACAGUCUAACGGUCACGAGAGCUGAAGUGAAAACCAAAGGAGGCAAAGCUGUGAACACAUUCUAUGUCAGCGAUGCAUCUGGCUACUCAAUCGAUGCCAAGACUAUAGAUUCCAUAAGACAAACCAUAGGCAAAACUCUCCUCAAAGUUAAGAACAAGCCUAAAGAACAACAACAAAGAGAGAAACCGCCUUCCCAAGAAUCACCGACAAGGUUUCUCUUUGGGGGUCUCUUCAAGUCUAAAUCUUUCGUCAACUUUGGCUUGGUUCGGUCCUACUCUUGAAGACACAUCUUGGUUUAGAACUUUGAGGUUAAGUCUCCACUAGGUUUUUAACUGCUUCUUUAAACUUGAGAAGAAUCUGUAAAUGUAUCACCAGGCAUAACCUUAAUUCUUGGUCUAGGAUCCAACGUUGGGUAGGGAAAAAAGACAAAAGGGUUUAAGUUGAUGUCAUGACUAAAGUGUUUUAAGUGUCAACCUCCUCUGUAUAUAGUAUCAACUUCUCAUAAUUAUCUCCAUUUUAAAUCUU